AUGAUUUCUAACAAUAUAGGCAUCUUUCAUGGAUUUGGGAAUGGAUCUUUCUCAAGUCAAAUAGAAUUUUCAACAGGCUCAUCUCGUCCGAUAGCAAUUAUUGCCUUUGAUUUCAACAAUGAUGCACUACUUGAUAUUGCCACCGCCAAUUACGGAACUCACAGUAUUAGUAUAUUUUAUGCCUAUGGCCAUGGAAAUUUUUCACCUCCAAUUACGUAUUCAACAGGUUAUAAUUCUCUUCCAUCUUCAUUAGCUGCUGGAGAUUUCAAUAACGACAACUAUGUAGACCUCGCCAUCGCUAAUUAUGGCACAAAUAAUGUUGGUGUACUUUUUGGAAAUAGCAACAGAACUUUUGAACAACAAAUCACGUUUUCAACUAGCGUUGGUUCUCAUCCGUACUCAAUCGCCGUCGGCCAUUUGAAUGCCGACAACUUUCUCGAUAUAGCUAUCGCGAACUCUGGAACUCAUCAAAUAAGUGUACUUAUCAACAACGGCAAUACAAGUUUCGCUAAUCAAGCUAUAUAUUCCAAUGAUUUUACGUCUCCAUACGCGAUUGGCGUUGGAGACUUCAACGAAGAUAAUCAAUUAGACAUUGCCAUCACUAAUAAUGGCAUUGAAAACAUAUGUAUACUUCUUGGAUAUGGAAACGCUAGUUUUAAGAAUCCAAUCAUGUAUCGAACUGGAUCCCAUUCUUCGAUUUCUAUUGCCAUAGGUGAUCUUAAUAAGGAUCAUCGAUUAGACAUCGUCGUCGUGAACAAUGAUACUGGUAGCAUAGAUAUUCUACUUGGUCAAUAUGAAGGUUUCUCAAAUCAAACAAACUAUCCAACUGGCCGUUAUCCAUAUUCUGUAGCUGUUGGUGAUUUUAACAAUGAUACUCGACUAGAUAUCGUUGUUCCCAAUUCUGAUAGCUAUGAUGUGAGUGUCCUUCUUGGAUAUGGAAAUGGUUCUUUUGCAAAUCAAACAAGAUAUUCAGUUGGCUCUUUUCCAACAUCUGUAGCUGUUGGUGAUUUCAACAACGAUACUCGACUAGAUAUCGUUGUCGCCAAUGAAAAUAGCAAUUAUGUGAGUGUCCUUCUUGGAUAUGGAAAUGGUUCUUUUGCAGAUCAAGCAACAUAUUCAGUUGGCCCUUUUCGAUCUUAUGUAGCUGUUGGUGAUUUCAACAACGAUACUCGACUAGAUAUCGUUGUUGCCAAUUCUCGGAACAAUUAUGUGAAUGUCCUUCUUGGAUAUGAGAAUGGUUCUUUUGCAGAAGAAACAACAUAUUCAGUGGGCUCUUCUCCAAAAUCUAUAGCUGUUGGUGAUUUCAACAAUGAUACUCGACUAGAUAUCGUUGUUGCCAAUUAUGAUAGCAGUGAUGUGAGUGUCCUUCUUGGAUAUGGGAAUGGUUCUUUUGCAAAACAAACAAGAUAUUCAGUUGGCUUUCAUCCACUAUCUGUAGCUGUUGGUGAUUUCAACAACGAUACUCAACUAGAUAUCGUUGUUGCCAAUUAUGGUAGCGCUGAUGUGAGUGUCCUUCUUGGAUAUGAGAAUGGCUAUUUUGCAGAACAACAAAAAAAAUAUUCAGUUGGCUUUGGGCCAUCAUCUGUAGCUGUUGGUGAUUUCAACAACGAUACUCGACUAGAUAUCGUUGUUGCCAAUUCUUGGAACAAUAAUGUGAGUGUCCUUCUUGGAUAUGGGAAUGGUUCUUUUGCAAAACAAACAAGAUAUUCAGUUGGCUUUCAUCCACUAUCUGUAGCUGUUGGUGAUUUCAACAACGAUACUCGACUAGAUAUCGUUGUUGCCAAUUAUGAUAGCAAUAAUGUGAGUGUCCUACUGCAAUAUGGAGUGAUAGUAAAUGAAGUGGCCUAUGCAUCUGGUGGUGGAUCUAGCUUACAAUGUGCAAUAAUUGGUGAUUUGAAUAACGACACUAAUAUGGAUAUCGUCUUGGCUAAUUAUGGCACUAAUAAUAUAGGUAUCCUUUUUGGAUAUGGAAAUAGCAGUUUCGAAAAUCAAAUGAUGCUUAGCACUGGCAUAAAUUCUCAUCCGACUUUGAUUGCUAUUGACGACUUCAAUGGUGACAGUAUAGUAGACAUUGCUGUUGUCAAUAAUGGUACAAAGCAAGUAGGUAUGCUGUUUGGAUAUGGGAACAGGAUAUUCGCAAGUCAAACAAGUGAAGGAAUUAGUUCCGAUUCACGCCCGUUAGCUAUGGUUUCUGGUGAUCUUAAUAAUGACAAACGAUCGGAAAUCGCUAUCAUUUACGACAGAUAUGAUAAUGUGGAUAUCUUUGGUGCAUACAAUCGUAAUUCUUUUGCAGAAACAAGAUAUUCAGUUGGCUCUCAUCCACAAUCUGUAGCUGUUGGUGAUUUCAACAAUGAUACUCGACUAGAUAUCGUUGUCGCCAAUUCUUGGAAGAAUUAUGUGAGUGUCCUUCUUGGAUAUGGAAAUGGUUCUUUUGCAGAACAAACAACAUAUUUAGUUGGUUCUGGGCCAUCAUCUGUAGCUGUUGGUGAUUUCAACAACGAUACUCGACUAGAUAUCGUUGUUGCCAAUUAUGAUAUGCAUGAUGUGAGUGUCCUUCUUGGAUAUGGAAAUGGUUCUUUUGCAGAACAAACAACAUAUUCAGUUGACUUUUCUCCAUAUUCUGUGACUGUUGGUGAUUUCAACAACGAUGCUCAACUAGAUAUUGUUGUCGCCAAUGAAAAUAGCAAUAAUGUGAGUGUCCUUCUUGGAUAUGGAAAUGGUUCUUUUGCAGAACAAACAACAUAUUCAGUUGGCUCUUCUCCAAAAUCUAUAGCUGUUGGUGAUUUCAACAAUGAUACUCUACUAGAUAUCGUUGUUGCCAAUUAUGAUAGCGAUAAUGUGAGUGUCCUUCUUGGAUAUGGAAAUGGUUCUUUUGCAGAAGAAACAAGAUAUUUAGUUGGCUCUGGCCAAUAUUCUGUAGCUGUUGGUGAUUUCAACAACGAUACUCGACUAGAUAUCGUUGUUGCCAAUUAUGGUAGCGAUGAUGUGAGUGUCCUUCUUGGAUAUGGAAAUGGUUCUUUUGCAGAACAACAAAAAAAAUAUUCAGUUGGCUCUGGACUAUCAUCUGUAGCUGUUGGUGAUUUCAACAAUGACACUCGACUAGAUAUCGUUGUCGCCAAUGAAAAUAGCAAUUAUGUGAGUGUCCUUCUUGGAUAUGGAAAUGGUUCUUUUGCAAAACAAACAACAUAUUCAGUUGGCCGUUCUCCACGAUCUGUAGCUGUUGGUGAUUUCAACAACGAUACUCGACUAGAUAUCGUUGCCGCUAAUCAAGAUAGCAAUGAGGUGAGUGUCCUUCUUGGCUAUGACUAUGUAGUAAUUGUAAAGCUAAUGAUGCUCAUAACUGGAAAUGGUUCCCGGCCUCAGUCGUUAGUGAUUAGUGAUUUUAAUAAUGAUGGUCUAAUGGAUAUCGGCGUCGUCAAUUCGCUUACCUACAAUAUUGGUAUUUUUCUUUCAUAUGGUAAUAUAUCUUUUAGAAAUCAAGCGAUACAUUCAACUCAUCCAUACUUAUCUCCAUGUUCGAUGGCUGUUGGUGAUUUUAACAAUGAUACUCGAGUAGAUAUUGUUUUUGGUAGUUGUAACUCGGAUAAGAUUGGUGUUUUGAUUGGAUAUGGUAAUGGCUCUUUUGGAAAGGUGACUCCGUAUUCAACAGGUUCACAUUCGUCUCAAUACUCUCUAGCUGUUGUUGACAUUAACAACGAUACUAUACAGGACAUUAUCGUUGCGAUUUAUGAUAACAACAAUAUGGGCGCCCUUCUUGGAUAUGGUAACGGCACUUUUGCACGUAUCGUCCUAUUUUCGUUAGAUUAUGGAUCCAAUCUAUUCUCUAUGGUCAUUGGAGACUUCAACAAUGACAAAAAACUAGAUGGUGCCAUCGUCAAUAAUGGAACUGACAGUUUAAAUAUUCUCUUGCAGACUUGCUAG